AUGUCUGGAACAAACACGACGGGUCCCCCGCAGGGGAGGCCGUGGGAGAUAUGUACGGAAGUUGGACCGUACUGCCCUGUCAAGGCAUCGACUCAAGGUUAUUACCCCAACCGGGGCAUCAACAUCUUCUUCACCAUCGCCUUUGCGAUCGCAAUGAUCGCGACUUUGGUGGUGGGCAUUCGAAAGAAGACCUGGAGCUUCAUGACAUUCAUUGUCGCUGGAUUGAUAUUGGAGGUUGCCGGCUACAUCGGCCGCAUCCUCAUGGCCGACAACCCGUGGAACAAGGACGCCUUCCAGCUGCAGAUCUGCGCCAUCAUCCUGGCGCCGACGCUCAUCUGCAUCUCCAUCUACCUGACGCUCAAGCACGUCUCGCUGGCCUUCAGCCCGGCCCUGUCGCGCGUGCGGCCGAACCUGUACCCCUUCAUCUUCGUCCCCGCCGACGUCACCUGCCUGCUCGUGCAGGCCAUCGGCGGCGCGCUGGCCGCCUCGGGCGGCAACUCGGCGCACCCGAACCAGAAGCUCGUCAACGGCGGCAACAGCGCCAUCAUCGCCGGCGUCGCGCUGCAGGUCUUUGUGCUGCUCUUCUUCGGCGCCACGGGCGCCGACUACUGGGUCCGCCUGCGCCGGUGGGUGCGCUCCGGCGAGGCCGACGAGCACGCCGUCGCGCUGUGGUCGGACCGCAAGGUGCGGAUGUUUGUGUACGCCAUCACGGGGGCGUACAGCUGCUUGAUGAUCCGGUGUAUCUACCGUAUCAUUGAGAUGGCUGGUGGUUGGGGCAACCACAUCAUGCAGGAUGAGCCGUCCUUCAUCGUCCUCGACGGAUUCAUGGUCCUCAUCGCCGUCGGGCUCCUCUCUGGCUUCCCGCCAGGCAUUUUCUUCCCUCAGAUGGCCGCCAAGAUGGACCUGCACCGCAGCAAGAAGGGCAAGAAGGGCGACAAGAGCUCCACCGACGGCGCCGCGGCCACCGAUGCCAGCCAGGACGUGGAGAUGGCACAGCCUGCGGCUCGUGACGCCGAGAAGACGUCCGCAUGA